UUCUGACAAAACUGUGUGGAUGCAUGAUUUGCUUCAAGAAAUGGGACGAGAUAUUGUUCGUCGGGAAUGCACUAAGUGUGGACAGCGCAGUAGGAUCUGGCUUUAUGAGGAUCUGGAUCAUGUAUUGACGAAUGAUACUGGAUCAGAAAAAACUCAAGGCAUAGUCCUGCGUUUGUCAUAAUGGGCGACAAUCAAUCAGUGCUAAAGGUUUCACAAAAAUGAAAUGUUUAAGACUGCUCAUUCUCCAAAUCGAGCACAAUUUUGAAGGUCUGGAAUAUCUCUCAAAUGAAUUAAGAUAUUUGGAAUGGCGUGAAUAUCCUUUCAAAUCCUUCCCAUCAACUUUCCAACCAAAUAAACUUGUUGAGCUUCACAUGCCACACAGCAACUUGAAAAAUUUUUUGAAAGCAAUAAAACCUGUAGAGUCUUUGAAGAUCAUUAAUCUUAGUUUCUCAACAAAGUUGAUCAAGACCCCGGACUUCUCAAAGUUUCCCAAUCUUGAGGAGUUGAAUCUUCAAGGUUGUACGAAGCUUGUUGAGGUGCACCAAUCCAUUGGAGUAUUAACAAGGUUGGUUUCAUUGAACAUGCAAGACUGCAAAAACCUAGUGAAUCUUCCAGAUGGCGUGUGGAAUUUGCAAUCCCUCGAGAUUGUUAAUUUGGGUGGCUGCUCAAAGCUUUUAAAACGGCUUGGAUUAGUUGCAAGACAGAUGUGGUGUUUCACAGCUUUCCCAUCUUUAAUGCAUCUGGAUUUGAGUUACUGCAACCUUCCAGAAGGAGCAAUCCCAAAUGAUAUGAGCUGCUUGCAGUUGCUGGAAUAUUUGAAUUUAAGUGGAAAUCCUAUUUUGAGCAUUCCUUCAAGCAUCUGUCAACUUUCUAAACUUAAAGGUCUUUACCUUUAUGAUUGCACAGAGCUUAAGACAUUGCCUGAUCUUCCAUCAAAUAUUGAGAGGCUAUCUACCAGUAAUUGCACUUCAUUGCGAACUCUUCCACCACUGGUUCAACUUUGCAAACUUGAGAAUUUUCAAUGCUCCAAUUGCAAGAGCCUUCAAUCAGUGCCGGAUCUUCCAUCGAGUGUUCAGCAUUUAAAAAUGGAAAAUUGCACAGCAUUAGAAACACUUCCCAAUCUAUUUGAGAAACACAAUGUGGAGAAGAAUUUUUUCAUAAGUUUCUCGAACUGCUCCAAAUUGAAAUACUGUCAAAGUAAAAUUAGCGUGGGAUUUACAUGGCUGAGAAGUUACUUGCUCUGGUUAUAUGAAGUUCGGAAGCUACUGAAGCUACAAGAAAGCAGCCCAAGUGAGGCGGAAUUCGAAGAAAAUUUCUUUCUAAAUGAAGCAAAGAUUAUAUUGCAGACAAGGAUCCCUGCAGCUACUAGUCUCCCUUGUUUCUAUAUAUGUUUUCCCGGAAGUACAAUUCCUGAAUGGUUCAAGUAUCAGGGAGAGGAGGGUGAGUUGAGAAUCAAGCUACCUCCAGAUGAAGAUUGGGGGAAAAUUGCUGGGUUUGCUGUUUGUUGCGUUGUUGAGGAUGGAAAUGUUAUUAAAGAUAAUGAAUGGCAGAUUGCAGUCGUUAUAGAAGGUAAGCAGGUUUCGUGUUGGGGCAACCGUGUUCCUGCAGGAGCCUCCCAAGUUACAUCGGAUCACCUUAGCCUCUUCUUCCAAGUGAAUUUCUUCCGCUUCUUCCAAGUGAAUAAUCAUCGGGAAUCAAACAGGGAAUGCACUCCAACUGAGCUGUUGCUUAAUUUCUGGCCGGAAGGGAAAAUAAAGAAUUGUGGAAUCCGUAUUGUACAUGACGAAGAAAUAGAAGAGAUGAUCCGAUUGAACAAAGCAUUGGAAGAUAUGGGUAAAGUUGAGGAAGAAGAUAACUAAUUAGUUGAUUGCUACGAGGGACCCUCGACUCUAUAUGGUUGAUGAGUUGUUGAUGAGCUUUGUUUGUAAUCUUCAUGGCUGCCUUCAUUCAACCAGAGGGUGUUUGAGAACUUUGAGAAAUCUACCUCCUCCAGAUUUGGAACUUGCCUUCUGUGGCUGCCAUUGCUGCUUGAUUUGGAGCUUCAACCUUGAUUCCAUUGCAUUUUUCUUCUUAUUUAUCUUAUGAGCAAUUUGGUCUUAUGAGGGGAGAUCCACGUAUGCUGUAUCUGGAUUAUAGGCGUAAAUGAUGGCCAACCCUCUGUAAUUUUGAAUAUCCGUGCAUUGAAGAUUUCAAAAGGAUUUGAUUUUUUU